UUGUGAAAAACUGAAAAUUGAGUAUCUUCUCCAUCUCCAAUUAGCUACCUUUAUUGCUACCCUUCAAAGAUAACUUCAGUUUUGAAUCUACAAAGUACAAACCCUAACCCACAAACAAUCCGAUCGGUCUCUUUCUUCUCUCUCGCACAAUGCAAUGCCUGAUUCUCUUACCUCUAGCUCUUCUUCUGCAAAUAUUCCCCCAAUCCGUAACCUCGAACCCUUUUUUCAUCGCUCCACAUUUCGACCCGGACCUCGACGUAAUCGGCGAUGCCAAGUUCACCAGUGCCGGCCCAUUCGUCACUCUCACCGACCCGACAAAGUCUUCUCGGACCUCCGGGCUUCUCUUCCGGCGUUCGCCCUUUAAAUUCCUCGCCCCCAAUCCGACCUCCUUCUCCACAGACUUCACCUUCUCGAUCCCACCCCAGGGUACUGACGGCAUUGCUCUGAUCAUCGUCUCCAUUGAUUUCCCCUCUCGACUUUCCAAUGCAAGUUUCGGGCUUUCUCAAGGAACCCGGUUCUUCGGGGUUGAGUUUGACACCAUGGUGAAUCCGGAUGCCAGGGACGAGAAUAACAAUCACGUCGGUGUCGAUGUCUGUAGCCUUGUUUCUCUGAAAAGCUGUAAUCUUUCUUCCAUUAAUUUGGUUUUGAACAGUGGGCUGAAGUUGCGUUCUUGGGUCGAUUAUGAUAUCACCUCGAAACGGCUGGAGGUUAGAGUGUCUGGAGCUUGGAGUGGCAGGCCCAAUGACCCGUUGCUCGCUUAUGAAGUCGAUUUGGGUGAGAUGUGGAAAGGAGAAGAUGUGUUGAUGGGAUUGAGUUCAUCUGGCCAAAACUCAGCCGAGGCCACUAGCGUGUAUUCAUGGAGGGUAAGAACCAGAAAUGUUCCCAAAUGGUUGCAUUCUCAACCUGUGGAUCCACUGAAGCUUUCCGAUGAGCUAAAAGCAGCAAAUAACAAUGAACACCAAACUGUAACUCUCUGUUUUGGAUUGAUCUUUGCUCUGGGAUUUGGAGCAUUACUGACAGUUUUUGGUCUACUCUUUCGAGCGAUGAUGCUUUCUGGUGGGAAAGAGACGGAUGUUCAACCCAAGUGCAUUGUGUAUCAUGGGGAAUUUACUCCAUUCAGGUAUGAGAAGGUCAAUGUGGUAGUUGAUGAUAAUCCAGUGAAUGCAGCAAAGAACUAAGAUUUGAAAAUGGCAUGUUUGUGUUAGUUUUUUGUAGUUCGUGUACGUGCUCUAUUUUAAUACGCUGUAAUGUGUAGUUUAUGUUGUUUCUAAUGAUGGAUAGAGACCUACCACCAUGAUUUUGGAUAUAUGUAUCCACAUUGUAUGCUUGUUUCUUUUGACUCACCAUAAUAGUUGCUUUUGUGAGAGGAACUAGGGUGGGAAGCCCUAUGCAGUGCUUUAGGGUAUGUU